GUUGUCUUUGCGCGAGGGGGGGGCGGCUAAUUAGGGCUCCCUCUUCCAACAGGUGGGAGUGCAGCGUUCGAUGUUUUUGUUGCGCGUCGUGUUCUGCAAAUGGUGUGUUUGAGCCGAGCGAAGGCGAUGGUUGCCAUCGAGCACCCUGUUUGGAGCUCGACGACACCGCGAGGGCCUGGCGGGCUGGGGAGCCGCGUGCUCCUGAGCAGGGCGCUGGGCUCCCCGCUCUUAGGGAGUUGAUCCCCCGGUAUGGCCGAGGGUGUGGCGUUCGCUUGGGCCUCCCUCGAGCACGAACGGACUCUGGAGCGAUGUCUGGAGGGCUGCUGCAGUUUCCAGCGGCUUCCGCGGUGUCCGUCACAUGCCCGCUGCUUUUCUUCAUGCACUGGGUGCACAGACCUUGGUCUGGCUUGACGCAUCCUCACCCAGGUGCUGACAUCAGCUCAGGUUUCGGCAGCUCUGUGCUCGGUUUCCGGACUCCCCCGCGGUUCCAUUUGAUUCCUGUUUCGCUUCGUCCCAGAAUUUAUAUCAAAUCAUCUUCAGUAUCUCGCAGACAUCAGAGUCCGCGAAAGUUGCGCUACGUGCUUGGAUGGAUUCGGCAAGAUGCUUCAGUGCUCUGUCCGUCGCCAUCUGAGCUCAAGCCAUUCUUCCUGGCUCAAAGGUUCGUCUGUCUUACAUCGUCGCAGGCUCAUUUGCUAUUGAACCAUGUUGCUGGCCAUCUGGAUGUCGAUGGCAUCCGCUGAAGCAUUGUUCAUUCAUUCGCAUGUCCACCCCCCACACCCCCCCCCCGACACAAGGCCACGUGCCGAGGUUGAAAGCAGGUCUUUGGAAGAUGCAGCUUUCAAUGAUCCGUGGACUCAUGAUAACCGCAGGACGGCUCUUGAUGACUCAAUGAUUUAUCGGAUCAAAUCUCGGGCUGAAGAGUCCGCUAUAAGAGCAGGUUCUUCAAAUCCUUUACCUCGCCUCACACCUUUGAGCGAUGCUCACUUUAACGUCCCCUUCUUCGUGUACGACGAAGUUGAUUGGAUGUCCACAAAGUGCGACGGUAUCACCAUUUCCGGUCAAGAGAACGAUUAUCAUAAACACAGCGAUGAUUUCUGGUUUUUGAAAGCUGCUUUGAACCAUGGGAUGCGAACGAAGGAUCCUAAGAAAGCAAGGUUGUUUGUGGUUCCGGCAUUGUUGAAUCUUGCAGUGGAACAAUCGGUUUGGAGUCGCAGGCAGUGUUGCGUUGGGGGAUUGUGUAAUUUGGAUUUCUUCCAACACGCAAACGACAUGCUCAAUGAGUCUAUCUGGUUUAAACGGAAUAAGGGGAAGGACCACGUGGUCGUGUGCUCACAUUAUGCUUGCCUCAAUCACCUUGUUCUGUUUGAGAACCUCGUGAAAUGUAAUUCUAUUUCGUUCGAGGAGAAUAGCAUGCGGCAGGAACGCUGCCGAAUAGCAGGCACAUACGUUGGUCAGAGAUGCGAGCACAUGCCAAAACAAACAAUGUUUACUUUGAUCGCGUCCAUGCAUCGACGGCGACCUAACUUUCAAUCAAGGAGAGAUAUAUGCAAAUGGUUCCCGCAUCUUGUUUCAGUGAAUCAAACCUACAACGUCUCAAUCUGCGGCGCUGGAAGGCAGUGCCCAUCCUUGGCGCAAGCUCGAUUUAGCCCCCACGUUCGUGGCGACACUUGGGGAUCCAGCCGCUUAAUUGACAUCGUGCUCAGCGGCGCAGUGCCGAUGUUCACCAACACAAUACAAUAUCAAAUCCUGCCUCCAUUUGUACCUUGGGAAAGCAUCUCCACGCAAAUCGAUGUUUCCGACAAGCAGAGAUUCGAAUUAUCAGUACAGGACAGCGUGCCGCUUUAUGAUGGAUUGAAACAAAAAGUUGACAAACAUGCACAUCACCUUGAUUGGGAGACGCCCGCUCCUUUUGAGCAGUACAUGUGGCUUUUUCAGCAGUGCAUUCGAUGAUUUUGUCGGAUCGCCAGUCAACAACGAAUGUUUGAUCCGUUGUUUUGACACGGCGCUUCUUCCGAGCAAGUGCGUGCGUACGUAAGUGUGUAAACAUAUACAUAUAACGGGGGUUUUGUGGGAACCAUACUUAGUCCGAGCGUGGCCCGAGCGUGCGCAUUGGUCAAGGCCCCAAAGAAGAAGGGGCACUGCCAUUCUGGCUGACCAGCCGCGCCCGCCGCCUCCCAUGUCUCCUCCGCUGCUACCAUCGCGGAUGCCAUGGGUAAUCCGGACAUCGAUGCCCCACAAUCGCAGUGGAUCUGCAGUGGGGAUUGGGUUUAGUCCGAGCGUGGCCCGGGCGUGCGCGCUGGUCAAAGCACCACAGAAGAGGUGGCGCUGCCACUCCGGCUGACCAGCCUCGCCCGCCGCCUCGCAUCUCCCUCUCUCCCUGUGCUGAUGCCAUGAGACCGCUUUUCCUUGUCUUAGUUCCCCACAUCCAAAGUGGGGUUCUUGUUUUCUCUGGACACCCCGCGCAGGAACAGGAACAC